AUGGGGAGAGCUGCGCCUUGUCGCGCCGCUGGGGCUGAGCCACCGCAUUGCAGACCGCGCCCACCAUCGCUUGCCGCCUUCGGCCUUCUCGCCGUCCUGGGGCUGCUGCUGCGCUCAGGUGACUGCCAGCUGCAAACGCCUUGUCGAAUUCAAAAGUGCACCGCUGAUUUUGUGUCCUUAACUUCACAUCUAAACUCAGCUCUUGCAGACUUCGAUGUGGAGUUCUGCAAGGCCUUGCGAGCGUACUCUGCCUGUACCUACCGUAAUUCCAAAGUAUGCCGUGGAAACUUAGUCUACCAUUCAGCAGUGCUUGGGAUCAGUGACCUCAUGAGCCAGAGAAACUGUUCCAAAGAUGGGCCCACAUCCUCCACCAACUCUGAAGAGGCCCAUGAUCCCUGCAGUUACAGCGGCCACAAAGAAGGCAGAGAACAUCGUGGAGGGGAGAAGACUCCUCCUACUACGUACCUGUUUUGUGGCUUGUUUGGUGAUCCUCAUCUGAGGACUUUUAAGGAUCACUUCCAGACAUGCAAAGUGGAAGGUGCUUGGCCUCUUGUAGACAAUGACUACUUAUCAGUCCAAGUGACCAAUGUGCCUGUGGUCCCAGGAUCCAGUGCUACUGCUACAAAUAAGAUAACUAUUAUCUUUAAAUCAUACCAAGACUGUACAGAUCAGAAAGUAUAUCAAGCAGUGACUGAUGACUUGCCUGCAGCUUUUGUUGAUGGUACAACAAGUGGAGGUGAUGGAAACACCAAGAGCUUGCAAAUUGUGGAGAAGAUCAGUGGCAAAUACAUUGAAAUGGAUGCCAGGUACAUUGGGACUACGGUGUAUGUACGCCAGCUUGGGCACUUCUUGACUUUGGCCAUUCGCAUGCCUCAAGAGUUGGUCAUGGACUAUGAGGAGAGCCAAGAUCUGCAGCUGUGUGUGAAUGGUUGUCCUUCAAGUGAACGUAUUGAUGAUAGUGGCCACUUAACAUUGCCUGUUAGGGAGCAGUUGCUCCCUGACAGUGGUACUUCUCAUCCCUGGUCAGUGUACACACUGGAAACUGCCACCACUAAAUGCCACGAGAAGAUGCUGGUGAAGGACAUCUAUUUUUACUCAUGCAUAUUUGAUCUUCUCACUACUGGUGACACUAAUUUCACGGCUGCAGCUCACAGUGCCUUGCAGGAUGUGGAGGCACUGCACCCCAGAAAAGAGCACUGGCAUAUCUUUCCCAGCAGUGGAGGUGGUAGCAUAGGCAAAGGUAGCAAAUUCUUUGUGGGUAUUGGACUUUUGUGCUUGAUCCUAAUGGCAUUUUCAUAUUUUUUUUGUCUUUAA